AUGAGAGAUGAGAGCAGUGUGCUGUGGUUGUUUGGGGACACCCAGGCAGCCCCAUCCCUGACACUGGCCACCGACAGGACUCACGUGGCUUCCACGGUCUGGGGGGGGGGUGCCACAUUGUGGGGCCCACCACCCCUGACCCCAGCCCAGCCGCUCAUGGACAUCGACUUCUGCUCUGGGGCGCAGCUUCAGGAACUGACCCAGCUGAUCCAGGAGCUGGGGGUGCAGGAGAGCUGGAGUAACGGGCCCAAGCCGGGACCAGACGUCCUCCGGGCCAAGGACUUUGUUUUCUCUUUGUUUAGCCUGGUUCACGGUUGGGACCCCCGUUUUCCUCCCAUGGCAGAGCUCUUGCUGCUGCAUGGUGGGAUUCACGAGGGCUCCCUGGAUCUGGGACCUGCACCACUGGGUCCCUAUGCCCGGGGUCCUCACUACGAUGCCGGCUUCACGCUCCUGGUGCCGGUAUUUUUGCUGGACGGCACUGGGCCGGAGCUGCAACUGGACCUAGAAUCCUGUUACGCAUGGAUCCGCCUCCCAGAGCUGCAGCGCGGAUCCUUGGUCCGGGAGGCCUGGCAGGAUUGCCUAGGACCUGCGGUCCCAGGAGGACGUGUCCAUCAGACCGAGAAGGAAGGAAGUCUCAAGAACCCAGAAAGCUCCCCGGACCAGCGGCACAAUAACCUCAGUGAGCCUGAGCCUCAUGUGAUUUCGGAAAAAUCAAGUACGUUGAGGAAACUGGGUGGUGACGUCAGCAAGCCAGCUGUCGAAUGCCGGGGCCCGCAGCUGUCCGAGGCGUGGGAGGCGUGGCCCACGCUGUGCCCCGCCCAAGUUGCUGCCUGGUUCUUUGCCGCGUUGGCCGCGGUCGCCGAGACCCUGAUUCCGGUCCCAGGCUCUCCGCGCCUGGUGCACGCAGCCCGCCACGCAGGGUUCACCACCGUUCUCUUGGCCACUCCGGGUCCCCCGCGCCGCCUACUGCUCUUCGACCUGAUCCCCGUGGUGUCCGUGGCCGGCUGGCCCGAGAGGGCUCGGAGCCACUCGUGGGCAGGCCCGCUAGCUCCCGGGCCGGCCUCCUUCUACCUGGUGCCCGGCGGCAGCACGGAGCGAUCCGGCGCCUGCGGCUGGCAGCUCUGCUUCGCCCGCCAGGAGCUGGCGCUCAAGACGCGCAUACCCGAGCCGCUGCUGCAGGCGCAGGCCGCGGCCCAGGCGCUGCUGCGCCCGCUGGUGGCGGGGACCCGGGCCGCGGCGCCCUACCUGCUGCGGAUGUUGCUCUACUGGGCGUGCGAGCGGCUGCCCGCGCUCUACCUGGCGCGGCCGGAGAACGCGGGCGCCUGCUGCCUCGGGCUGCUGGACGAGCUGAGCCGCGUGCUCGAGGCUGGGGCGUUGCCCCACUAUUUUCUGAGGGGCCGAAAGCUCCGUGCGGGGGACUCCGCCGCCGCUCUGCUCCCGGGGUUGGCCCGGCUCCGUGGGGACCCAGCCGGGGCUCUGCGUGCCGCGGUGGAGGAGGCCAAGGCUGCGCGCAAGGGGGGCGGCUUGGCGGACGUGGGGGGCGGGACCCAUUAAAGAUGUUGCUCCUGCCCGCGUGGAAAGUGCUUCUUCUGGGGAGCGGGACGUGGAGGGCACUGCCCGCGCGCCUCUCCUGGGAGACAAACGGAGGACCCCGUUCUACAAGGCCUCCUGGGGGGUUCCUCCCCGUAUCCCCGCUCCGGGUCUUCCCGUUCCGGCCUUUUCACUCUCCAAAUGUGAAGCCAGCGCCGUUUCCGCCCCAGGGCAGCCUCCCGCCAUACCGUUUCCCCUAAUUCUUUUGGUCUUUUCUCUUACAAGUCUAUAAAAAAGGGGGAGAUAUCUUUGCUGACAAAACGCAGAAACCAGGGGUUUGCAGCCUGGAGAAGAAGCAGUUUGGUUCAA